GUUCGCCCCUGGUCUAAAAGGGGCACAGCAUCUUAGAGAGCUGGAGAACUGCUGGUACUUUAUUCUGUGCGAGUCCGUGUUCAUAUCGUCGAUUGUUCUCACAAGGUUGUUGGCUUUGGCAAGGGAUUGUAUGCGAAAGGGGUGCUUUUCAUUGACUGGAGUGGGUGUUGGAGUUUAUUCGAGUGUUUGACAAUGUGAGAGCGGGGACCGGUGAUAGAGUGAGGGAGCGGAGCGGCUCUCUGCACGGUCUCCGCUCACCAGAGCCGGACCCGCUGCAAGUUCCCUUGGCCAACUGGCCGCAGACUGAUGACUCCAUUGCGUAAAGCCCAUAAUGACAAACACAUUGGCGCUGGAUGUGGGAGCCACCGGCAACUUGCGUCAGGGAUUUAAGGAAUUUCAAACGAAGUAGAGGCUUUUUUUCCCCUCUCUCUCUCUUUUCCUGGGAAUACACCGCUAUCCUGGGAUCCAGGGUGGCGGAGGGAGAGAUUUGGGGACGGUAGUGGAGUUCUGGCGUGCGGAUGAAUCGCGUAAACUGGAAGAAGUGUGCCAACAAUCCGUGAGCGAAGCAAUUUCGGGAGGUUUUCACGAAACUUGCGAGAGGGGAAAGUAGCAGCAGGGCAAGCGAGUAAUUUUCCACAAAGAUGGACAUAUUCUGGAAGAUAUUCCUGAUACUGGAUUGCCUCUUCAUGGAAGUCUUCAAAGGGCCCCAGCUGGCUGAAAGCCAGACAAUACCAGAUGUUUACCCCAGCACAGUUGAAAUAAGAGUUGCUCUCCAUACGUCAUUCAGCUUGAAGUGCUCCGGGGAGAAUGAAGUGGAUUGGGAGUUGCCAGUUUACGAAUCUUUUGAGGAGAAUGUCAGUACAAAAGAUGAAAACAACAACAGUGGAAACUUUGUGAAAUCACUAGAGGUCCAUAAUGCAACAGGAAUUUAUACUGGCAGGUAUACCUGCUAUUACCCAGCACUCCAGCUUGAUGACGAGUUUGAGGGACGAGAUAUCUACGUUUUUGUUCCAGAUCCUGACUAUCCUUUCAUCCCACAAGCCUACUUUGAAAAUAUAGUAAUGGCAGCAGAGGGUGAAGUUGCAGAAAUUCCAUGUCGUGUAUCUGAUCCAGAUGUCUAUGUCACCCUGCUCAAUGUCGAUACUAACACCAUGAUUCCUACAACCUAUCAUAAUAAAGAAGGAUUCAGUGGCCUCUUCAAAGAGGGGACAUAUACCUGUAUCACAACAAUCAAUGGUGUAGAGCACAGAUCAGAAGAAUACAUUGUUAAUAGAUUUAAAGUGGCUGAUGAUCUUUAUGUUGAAAUAGAAGCUGAGAAAACCGUAGUGAAAGUGGGUGAACCAAUCUUAGUGACUUGUCUAGUAAUGGAUAAUGAAGUGGUGAACAUAGACUGGAAUUAUCCAGGAAAAAAUAAAGGAUCUGAGGCGCACCAAGUUCUUAAGGAAAUAAGACAACCAAGCUUAAAAAUAAUGAAGACUUUGCAAAUUGAGAAAGCCACUCUGGAAGAUGCUGGACUCUAUGAAUGUUCUGUGUUACAUGCAACUCGAGAUACCAAGCGAUUAAAGCAGGUUAACAUCCUUGUUAGUGACAAAGGAUUUAUUAAUUUGGAUCCCAGCUAUGGAACAGAAGAAUUUGCAGACCUACAUGAAGUCAAACAGUUUGUGGUGAACAUUGAAGCUUACCCUGAACCCAUGGUGUCAUGGCUGAAAGACAAUGUCACCUUGCAAGAAGAUAACAACGAGGUGAUGAUCAACACAGUAAAAACCCAGGAGAUUAGGUAUCAAAGUAACCUGACCUUGAUUCGUGCGAAGAAACAAGACAGUGGGGCUUACACCAUUGUUGUUAAAAAUGAAGAUAAUAGUACCAGUCAUACAUUUUACUUACAAGUUAAAGUGCCUGCAAAAAUCAUCAAUCUUGUUGAUGUCCACCAUGGUUCUGCGAGUGGCCAGAUAGUUUCAUGUUCGGCAGAUGGGACACCAAGCCCAGAAGUUGAAUGGCUGAUAUGUACAGAUCUAAAAAAGUGUGCAAAUGACUCAUUGCUCUGGAAUGUUCUCCACAACAAUUCCAGUGAUAUUAGCAUUGAGACCCAUCAGACCAAGAAAAAUACUAUAGAGAGCAAGCUGACCUUUCAGAAAGUUGAUAACACGGUCGCUGUGAGAUGCAUUGCAAAGAAUGAGCUUGCAGCCGUUGCACGUGAAGUCAAACUGGUGGCUCACAAUCUCCAUUCUGAGCUGACAGUGGCUGCUGCUGUCUUGGUGUUGUUGGUUAUUGUAAUCAUUUCUCUAAUCGUGCUUGUUGUAGUUUGGAAACAGAAACCAAGAUAUGAAAUAAGAUGGCGAGUUAUUGAAUCAAUAAGUCCAGAUGGGCAUGAAUACAUUUAUGUUGAUCCCAUGCAACUUCCCUAUGAUACCAGAUGGGAAUUUCCCCGGGAUGGACUUGUCCUAGGACGAAUACUUGGCUCUGGGGCCUUCGGAAAGGUAGUUGAAGGAACUGCUUAUGGUUUAAGUCGCUCACAGCCUGUUAUGAAAGUUGCUGUAAAAAUGUUGAAACCUACAGCCCGAUCCAGUGAGAAGCAAGCCCUGAUGUCAGAACUGAAGAUAAUGACACAUCUAGGCCCACAUUUGAACAUUGUCAACUUGCUAGGAGCUUGUACCAAAGCAGGUCCUAUCUAUAUUAUCACUGAGUACUGUUUCCAUGGGGAUUUGGUAAAUUACCUACAUAAGAACCGAGACAGCUUUAUAAGUCGAUACUCUGAAAAGGGAAAAAAGGAAGUGGAUAUUUUUGGUAUAAACCCUGCUGAUGAAAGCACAAGAAGUUAUGUGAUUUUGUCCUUUGAAAACAAUGGCGACUACAUGGACAUGAAGCAGGCUGAAAAUACCCAGUAUGUACCAAUGUUGGAAAGGAAAGGCAGUUCCAAAUACACCGAUGUACAGCAAUACAUGUACGAUCACCCACCAUCACAGAAAAAUAAAUCAUUGACAGAGACAACUCAAGCUUGGAACCCUCUCUUAGAUGACAACUCAGAUGGACUCUCAUUCAUGGAUCUAAUCAGCUUCACCUUUCAAGUUGCUCAAGGAAUGGAGUUUCUGGCUUCUAAAAAUUGUGUGCAUCGUGAUCUGGCAGCUCGUAAUGUUCUCCUUGCACAGGGAAAGGUUGUCAAGAUCUGUGACUUUGGUCUGGCACGAGAUAUCAUGCAUGAUUCCAACUACGUUUCUAAAGGCAGUACAUUCUUACCAGUGAAAUGGAUGGCGCCUGAGAGCAUAUUUGACAACCUGUACACUUCACUAAGUGAUGUCUGGUCUUAUGGUAUUCUUUUAUGGGAAAUAUUCUCUUUGGGUGGUACACCAUAUCCAGGAAUGAUGGUGGACUCCAACUUUUAUAACAAGAUAAAAAGUGGUUACAGGAUGACUAAACCAGAACAUGCUUCUUCAGAUGUUUAUGACCUGAUGGUGAAGUGUUGGAAUAGUGAGCCUGAGAAGAGACCUUCCUUUACACACCUUGCUGAAAUUGUUGGCAGAUUGCUACCUGAGAACUACAAGAAGAGCUACAAACAGUUGAAUGAUGACUUUUUGAAAAGUGACCAUCCUGCUGUUGCUCGCAUGCGGACAGAGUCGAGUGAUUCUUACAUCGGAGUUACCUACACCAAUGAAGAUAAAAAGAAGGAUCGGGAAAGUGGGUUUGAUGAACAAAGGCUAAGUGCUGACAGUGGAUAUAUCAUCCCACUGCCUGAUAUUGACCCAGUCACAGACAGUGAACCUGGCUCUUCAAGAAACCGACACAGUUCCCAGACAUCAGAAGAAAGUGCAAUUGAGACAGGUUCCAGCAGCUCGACUUUUAUAAAGCGCGAGGAUGAAACUAUAGAAGACAUGGAAAUGAUGGAUGAUGUAGCAAUUGAUCCCUCAGAUCUAGUGGAAGACAGCUUCCUGUAACCUGUUCCAUUUAAUAUGGGAGAAUAAACUGCAAGUUAUACAAACACGAUUUUCUCUAUAACCACUUUUUUGAGGCAUCCCCAAGAAGAGAACUUUGAGGUGGGAACUUGAUGGCGUAUUUUAUAACAGAGCCCAACUUGGAACAUCAUUUUGGAAAAACAAUAUGAUUUCUAUCGUAAUACAUAUCAUGUGCAUUUUUCUGUGCAUUAUUUUUCUAUUAUGGUGUUUGUUUCUUCAGAGCAUAUGUACACUGCCAUUUUCAUGAACGAAACAUAAGGCCAUGCAAAGUUAGUUGUGUGUUUCAAAGACUCUUUGCUACAGGGAAGAUGGUACGUUUAUUCAGAUAAUUGACUACAUUUAUUAUUUUAGCAGAUUACUUUGUACGUAUAUAAUGAUAACCAUUGCUAAGAAUGUAAUCUGUGUACCUGAUAUUACAUCAGAUCAUUAUCUCUGUCACAGGAGAAAGGCAAUGACAAUAUUGCUCCCCAGGUGGGUUACAGUAAGUUGUUUAUCAUUCUGCUUAGAUAUCAGUGUACAUCAUCGUCAAACAUGUGUUCUCUUCAAUGCCUACUUCCUACUAAUUAUCAAUUAUGAUGUUCCUUUUGCAAAGCACAAAUUUUGGAAGUUAUUACAUUGUAAAGAACACACUGCAUCAUUGCAAGAUUCUACACAUAACUGCUUCAAUUGUUCGUACAAAUUCAGAAAAAUCAGUGAUUCAUGGAACAUGGAACAGACUGACUACCAUCUACAUUGAAAAGCUAUGACUUUGGAAUUUACUGGUUUCAUUGAGCCAGUGGAUUGAGCCUUAGACUAAACUAACCUGUUUGUUAAUACAACUGCUACAGAAUUGAAGGAUUCACCAAGCUUGGAAAAUUGAUGUGAUUGACCUAUUGCACAUGAUGAAAGCACCUCAGGAGUAAUGAAGAGAAUUCUUGCUGGAGAAGAUUCCCUUUCAUGUGUGCUAAAGCAGAAAGCAAAAGUGCCUCCUCUUUGAGUGAGGAAGUAGUGGGGAAUUUGGCACCAGAAGAUUUUGUUGUUUUAAAUGUAAACAAAUCCUAUCAAUGAUGGUUGAAAAAUCAUAGAGAUUUCUUGACCACAAUCAUUCCAACUAAAAGGAUACCACAAUGCCUGGAAUAUGUAAAUAAUGUAAAUGUUAUCACACUGACUAAUAUAUCGGACAUCAAUUGGUUUCCAUGCAUGUAACAUGUUGAUUGAAGUUGUGAUGUGAAAUCACACUGGAGUAGGAGAAGAACCCUAUGAGUAAUCCAAAAUCUGGAGCUGGGCAAAUUAAAAAUAUUACAAAAUAAUGAACUGACAUUUUUACAGUGUAUUAAUGGUGAAUCUUGGACUGUCUGAUGCAAUAUGAAAUCAAAAGCAAAAUUCAAUUAUUUUCUUGUAAGAAUUUACUGUGUUGAAUGAUUCAAUGGUAAAAGUUCAUAUAAGAGCAGUAUGUGUUGAAUGAUAUUUGUAACUCAUCCAUAUUCUUCACAAACAACAGGCCCAUAUAUAACAGGAAUAUUUAGGGCUUUUAUUGCACAGCAAGCGAAGGCCUUUAUAAUCUAUUCCAGGAUCUGCAUUAAGUUUUUUGAUUUCUUUGUAUGCGUCAUCUAUGUGUACAGAGAUACCACGAAAACUUGCAAAACUGAUCAUUAAUUUCAAACCUGAGAAAGCAUUCAAAUCAAUUAACAAACGUUCAGUCCACUUAAAUAACCACUUCCUAAUCUGAUGAUUUAAAUUCAAGUUAGUCAUCACAUUUACCACAGGAAUGGCAUCAUAUAAUGUUGUCGUUAAGAUCAUCUGGAAGAUUAGUAAACUCCACUUUGGGAUCCCUCAGUUAUUUGACUUGUUCCUGAUUUGGUGAGAUAUUACAUGAUGUUCAUCUAUUUUUGAUUGAACAAAGUGCAUAAUGAGCCUUUCCAGCCUUAAAGUGUAUUGACUGUCAAUAAGACAUCAUUGUUAGUUUUUAAUUGUUUAUUUUCUGACAUCAGAAUUGAACUUGCUAUUGUAAUACAUGACAAAUCCAUUGGGUGGGACUGAUGUAUUUUAACUGCUGAAAUAUUAACAUACUGCAAUAUACUAUACAUUCCAUAGCACAUUAUACUUCCUGUAUUAACCAUGGCAUUAUAAGUUAAUUGCAAGGGAAAACUGAUAGCAAACUACUUUUCCGACUGCUUCUAGUUGUCAAGGCACAUAUUCUAAUUUUAGUGAUGUAACACAUCCCUUAAUGCUCAGGCCAAUGUUGAAAAUCACAAAUUUUACCUGCAUAUCCAGUAUUAAAAACAACUCAUAUAUGUUAAGUGACAAUGAGAACACCUUUUUGUUAUAAAAUGUAAGAUAAACUGUAAAGAAAAUAAUAUGUAUUUUUUCAGACUGGAUUGUUUAAUGUUUCCAUUUAAAGAAGGCUUUCAGACAAUAUCUUAAAUAACCGGGUUAAUGCAGCAGAAGAAAUUGAUGUAGCAUUACCGAGGAAACAUGACUUUACCUUUGAAUGGCUUGAAUGUUAAAAUGUGGUCAAAAUUUUAUCCAAUGGUCUUACUAAGUGACAAAGGACAUUGGGGAUAUAUAAAAUGAUGUUAUACAUCAUUUCUGUAUAUAUAUAUAUAUGUGUGUGCGUGUGUGUGUGUAUAUAUAUAUAUAUAUAUAUAUAUAUAUAAUGUAUUUCAGUGUAGUCAUCUGAGUUACUGCCAUACAUUUAUGUCUAGCUGUAUCACUGCCUAUGUUUAUAUUUUUGACUGUGAUGUACUCCACAGGCACGUUACAUGUUGCACUUUUGAAUGUCUAAAGUAAAAUAUAUUUUAAAAGUUACAAAAAAAGUUUCAAAGGGAUCGAAUUGUGAAUGCGUAGCUGGACUGUAUGUAGGUUAAAGUCUCAAACAUUUUAUUAUGAUGAAAUUACACAAAGUUUUAAAGACUUUUUUAAAAAAAAAAAUUCUUUAUGUUACAUCAAAUACACAUUUUCUAAACUCAGAAUCUCUAUUUCAAUAAAUUCAGAUGAAUUUA